AUGCCUUGGCUAUCUAUCCGAGUACUGACCGGAACGUUCCUUGCAUGCGCAACAGUGAUUGCGAGCUUAGAGCUCUCGCAGAAUCCUCUUGUAGCUGGUGUUGGAUACGCUGGCUCUGGGAGACGAGCCAUCACUCCCGAGUUCUCUGCGUAUCUCGAAGAAGUACUCAUUAAUGCCACGAUUCCGGGAGUCGCAAUUGGCAUUGUUCAUCGUAGGGGUGAUAAGCCAGACUAUGAGUUAGCCGCGUGGGGACGCAAAACAGAGCAAAGUGACGGACAUGAUCUUACCCCUGAUUCGCUCUUUGGCCUCGCUUCCGUCUCCAAAGCAUUUCUGGUGAGCUCCCUUGGGGUGCUUAUGGAGGAUUUCGCUGCGCGCCGCAACGUGACGGCGCUGCCACGCGCGAUGACGCGCUUUGACUGGGACACGAAGGUCUCUGACUUGCUUCCCGGUGAGUGGGCACUCGCGGACACUUGGGCGAGUGAAAAGGCGAGCCUGAGGGACGUACUCUCACAUGUUUCUGGACUACCACGACAUGACUUCUCGUACGGAUCUGGCGAUGGACCGGGCGACGUCGUGCGGCGCCUGCGCUACCUACGACCCGUGUAUGAGCUGCGUGAGCAGUGGUCGUACAACAACCAGAUGUUCAUGCUCGGUGCCCACAUCGUCACGAAGUACGCGGGCAUUCCGUACACCGCGUUUGCGUCCAAUCGCAUAUUCGCACCGUUGAAUAUGUCGACGACGACGUUUUGGCCCCAGGAGGCGGCGCCGCGGUUGACGCAGUCGUGGACGAACUUCGGACGGCGGGUGCCGUUCUGGUUCCCUGAUGAAAUGGUGGAGCUCAACGCCGGUCCUGGUGGUGUAAUUUCCAGUGCAGAGGACAUGGUCAAGUGGGUCGCGACGCUGUUGAACGAAGGCGUGGACCCUGUGACAAAUCGGACAAUUGUCCCUCUGGCGACUUUCAACGCAAUGACGACUGCGUACGCUGUGUCUAGAGGCGUAUCGGACGUCAGCAUCCCGGAGCUGUCGAUUGAGGGGUACGGUAUGGGUUGGUUCCGGGAGUCAUACGAGGGUCAUGAUAUUCUGUCCCAUACGGGUGCUAUCCCUGGUUUCUCGACACAGGUUGCGUUCUUGCCUGCUGAUGACUUGGGCAUCGUGAUACUUGCGAAUGCGGACGACAAAGCAGUGGCCAACGCAGCAAUUAUGUAUCGCAUCAUCGAAGACGUGUUGGGAUCAUCUCGUGUGGACAGACCAGUGACAAGCGAUGUUGAACCAGACACCAACACAGAGACAGAACACAGGGGUGGAGGGAAGCGAGACCUCACGCUGGCGUUGGAAGACUACGCGGGCACGUACGGAAACUUAGGGUACGGCGCCAUCACGCUGUGCGCCCCGGACAGCGACUCGCACCUCUGCACGUCCGUGCUUGCUGAUUUCGCGCCGUUUGAGCACUUUGGCAAUGGAUCGGCCCCGGAAACUAGACUGUAUGCGGCAUUCCCGCGAGUGUGGGCGACCCACCUCCGUCUGACGCGUCUGAGGAGCGAGGAGUUUGCAAUUAUUGCAACCGCGCUCUUUCCGAGAGGUUAUGGCCAGAAUAAAAGCGCGUUCGAGACGUGGGAGCCCGCAACCUCCGAGGGUCGUGCGGUGUUUAUGGUGGAAGAAGAAGAGGGUAAGCAGAGAGUGAAGGGUUUCAGUCUGAUCAUCCACGCGGAGGCAACGGAAUAUAGGAAGCGGCGCGGGCUGAGCGGCGUCAAGGACCUGGAGGAUGCGUGGUUCGAGAAAGUGUAA